AUGCCAAAAAGCUUACGAUCCAUCCUGGGCGAUUCCAACCGAGUGAGAAAACCAAGCAGGCCCAGCCCUGCAAGACAAAACGCCACUGCUACUCCCAGAGCUUCUCCUUCGCCAUCUCCUCAGAAAGGCAAGAAGCCGGCGCCGAAAAGAAGAGCCCCGGACGCUGAAGAGUUCCAUGAGAAACUCUCGGAUGUCGGCAUCGCCAAGAUCCUCGAGGAGGAGCUGACGCUGAGAGAUGUGGUCCAGGCGAUGAGAUACAUCCGGGGGAAGAUGUUCACGCCUGUGCCGCCUACGGGAUUCAAGUCUACGCGGACGACGGAGCUUCUCAACUACAGGCUGAGCGUGCCGCCCAUUGUCACGAUUGGUCAUCUGAAUGCCAUCCUGACCUCGCCGUCAAAGGUGGAGCGGGAAGUCGUCGAGCUCUCCAGGAGCGGCGUGCUGCGGAAAGUAAGGGUUGAGAGACGCGGCGGCAUGGGCGAGGCCCUCGUCGAGUCGACAGAUUUGGAGGCCAUGAUCCGAAACACGGGCAUGUCUAACGCCUCCAAGGAUGAGUUUCUGAAGUUUCUCAAGGAGAAUCCCACGGCUCAGACGCUGCCGAGGGGCGCCAUCAAACACAGUCAUAUCGACGAGCUUGUAAGAGCUGGAUUCCUGACGAGUUCGCUACAGGCGGCACCGGGGACAACACUUCAUGUCCGCCCAGAGGACCGCACUACGCUGACGUCGAUCCAUCACGUAUCCCGCUUUGCUUCCGGCACGGUAUCGGCGGUGGGAGGCCAGAACGCAAUCCAUCUCGCGGGCGGAGGCGGAGGCGCACCGACUCUGACGGGCUCAUCGGUGUCAUCCGCCGGGGCGUCUGAUUUUCGCAUCGCCGUGCCGGGCCAUGGGCGGUAUUUGAAGCUGGCGGAGGGAGCGGUGGACUGGCUCCGCGAGAUGCUCGACAAGACGAAAUGGGGCGAGGCGCCGGAGAAUUGGUUCAGGGAGCGGUUCGAAGGAGGGGGAUUGUAUGGACUGCGGUGGAAGGACUUUUGGGGCGUGGAGUGGGAGUGGGUGCUGGGCCAGGCGGCUGGGCUGGGGGUCGUGGAGGUUUUUGAGACGGGCAGCGUGGGAAGAGGCGUGAGGGCGCUGGGAGGGUGA